GUUCCCGGCCGGCCCGGCCCCGUCACGGGAAGUGCGAGCGCAGGGACCGGCCGGGCGGCGCGGGGAUGGCCGGGGCAGCGCUGCUGCUCGCCCUGUGCUGGGCGGCAGAAGGAAAAGUUCUUCCACCUCCAUCCAAUCUGGACUACUCAUUUAUCCAAAUCUGCACACUGAACUGGACGUGGAGCCCUCCAGAGAAUGUCAGCCGUAGCUGUGACUUGGAGUAUUCCAGUGACAUUGUGAUUGAUGAGGUUCCUCAGGACAAAAGAGAGUGGAGUAAGAGUCGCUUCCGUGUGACAGAUACAUUCUCGAAUGAGGAAAUGCGUUUCAGAGUGAGAAGUGAAUGCAAGUAUGAUAACGCCAGUGAGCCCAGCCGGUGGGUGGAGACCUCUCUUCGUCCAAAAGGUAUUCCAGGUACUGCUGCUGUUGACUUGAGCUGUAUUUGGCACAACUUGGAGUAUAUGGCUUGCACGUGGCGUCCUGGGGAGAAGGCAAGCAGUGAUACCAAUUACACGUUGUUUUACUGGUUUAAUGGUUUGAAAAACCAUAAGAAGUGCAACAACUCUUCUAUGCACCAAGGAGUCUUUGGCUGCGCUUUCAAUUUUAGCUUCCCAGAAGUCACCAGUACUUACCCAGCUAUACGUAUUUUGGUUAAAGAUGAUUCUGAAGAAAUCAGGCCUCUGUGUGCAAGUAAAAAUCCUACCACCCUUGUAAAACCUGCUACACCAAGACAAGUUACACUGUCGAAGUCGAAUGAUGAAAUACAUGUAGGGUGGAGUGAAUCAGACACCUUCCCAGAAAACUGUUUGUUUUAUGAAGUUGUAUAUCACAACGGCGAUAAGGACACCGCUCAGAAAAUUAAAGUUGAAAGUAAUUACACGUCAAUCCCUAGCAUUGACCCUAAUAGCAAGUACGUCUUCAAAGUGAGAGCAAAACCAAAGCCUGAGUGUUACAGCAGCAAGCUCUAUAGUGACUGGAGUGAAGAAAAGAGUAUUGGUGAGAAGAUGGACUCUACAUUCUAUUUUGUUUUAAUAAUCACCAUUCCACUAAUAGUAGCAAUAUCUACGAUAAUUUUACUGGUUUAUCUAAAAAGGUUGAAGAUACUAAUUCUUCCACCAGUUCCAGACCCAAGAGAAAUAGUUAAGCGCAUGUUUGGAGAGCAGAAUGAGGAUUCUCAGAGCUGUGCAAAGGAUGAUUCUGUGAGUGCUUACGACAGGUCAGUUAAGGAAGAAGAAAUUCAUUCCUUGGUUAUAACAGAAACUCCAGAGUGUGCUAAUGCUGAAAAACAAAACUGCUGAAUUCUGCUUUACUGGUGAAAGAUGAGGAAAUACUUUCAUUCUUGCUCCUGUACCUCAAGUGACGAUGUAGAUGUGAAGAGGCUGCAAGACAUUUGCCAGCUUUCACCUUACCAAGUCCUUUCAGAGCCCUACUUUUUUGUUGUCCAAAAGAUACAUCAUUAACAGCGGCCAUUCCUCCAUCUCUGCUAGAAAUAUUCAUCUUGGAUCAUUCGAGAUGAACAUGUACAUAAAUUUCAUCUGACUGCGUUGCAGCAUCUCUCAUUCUGGCUCCAGCCGGCUCUGCCCUGUGACUUUGUCAUUUGCACUUGUGUUUGUGCUUUAUGUUAGAUUGUAAAUCGUUUUUUUGGAGCAAGCACUGUAACUUCUGUGAAGUAUUUGGCUCUGUUUUGCAGCAGGUAAGUGAGGUUUGUUUACAGUAGAUGAUUCAUUAGCGCUACUACGUGGACCUGCUGCCAGGUAGGAUGCCAGAGCAUGGACUGUUUGUGGAUGCCUGUUCCCUGUGCUCCAGGGCACAGUGCGUUCCAGAGAGCAUUUAUGGACUGACCUUUGUAAGCUUCUGGUUGAUGUGCAUCAGCUGUUGCCAGGUCAAACCCCGUAAAAGAGGGAUUUUCUUGAAAAAUGUGUAUGAAAAGCCUCUCCACUUUCCAGAUGGUAUUCAGACUAUUCAUAGAAAAGGCUUAGUUUUUUAUCCUUUUGAUAUCCUAUCAGACGCCUUGCCUUAACGGACUUCUUGGAUUAAUUACAGUUCAUUUAAAAUGAUAAAUAGAACUUUUUACUUGUGUUACACAGUGGCAGAUAACUGUAUUGAGUCUUACCAGACUGUGAUUCUACUUAGGUCAUAUUAGCCUGAAAACACCUGAUAUUUGGAGACUAAAUCAUCCUGAGUCUGUCAGCAAAAUUACCAGGAUGGAUGCAUGAGUCUAAAGAGCUGUGGUCAAACUGCUUACUUAGCAAGUGCUAAACCACUGAAACUGAAUUAAUUCAAAGACUUCAAGACCUCUUCUUACUGCUGAGCUGAUAAAUUUAGGGAAAGACAGUAUGGCAGCCUUGGCUUGCUUUCUAAGGGAUAAGCUUAAUUCUUUCUAUAAUGAUGAGGCUUUUUUGAGCUUUCCCUCUAGGAAUGAAGCAGUUUAAAGCAAGGUGUUGAUUUGAAUUUUUUUUUUUUUUUUAAUUUUACUAUAGUCACUGCAGCAGUUUGGUGACUUUUUUUUUUUUUAAUUGUGACUUUAUUUUUUCACUUUUUGAUGGUUUUGUUUUGAGGUUGCUUUAGCCAGCAGAGCUCAACAGACGUUUUCUCGCACAACUGUGACAUUUUUCCACUCUGAAUUCUGAGUGUUAGUUUCUACCUUGUGCUGCAAGGAUGUUAACAGUGGUGCCUUGAUUGUGCUGGAGGCAGAAAGUAACAUCAUGGGGAAAAAGUGAUCCAUGCGAGCUGUUAAUGGUUAGUGUUCAGGCAUUUCUUGCUCCUCCCUGAUAAGUAGGCGUGUUAGCCAUUGAUCUAGUCAGUCUUGGGGGACUGGGAAGAGACCUCCUCAGAAGUUUGCUAGGAGCAAACUCUAUAGCAAACUCUAUAGCUAUAUUAACCUUUUAAAGUUCAGCCCUGUCCUCCAAACUCCAUUCAAUCAAAAAUUUGAAAUGAAAUGCCACAUUUUUAGAACAUCUUGUACUGGAAGAACUAAAACUAAGGGAGAUUGCUUUUUAGUUAGAAAUUUACAUCCUUUGUCCUGUAUUCCCUCCCUUUCAAUAAAUACAGUUCUUUCUCCAGGCCUUACUGAGCCUCUCAAGUACAGAGUUUCCCCCACAUCUCUUACCUGUCUCUCUCCUUACUGAUGGUAAAAAGGGGAGGAGAAAUGCAGAAGAACUAGCGAACUCUAUAUUAGCUUAAACCUUUUACUUACAAUCAGGCUAAAAAAAUAAAAGCCAUUAUAAAAAUUGGUUAAUGAGACAAAAGAGAAUAAAACCUCAGGGAUUUCAAUGAGAUAAAACAAAACUCAGGUUAUACAGUGUCAGCUAGUGACACUAUCUGAUAUUCCAGAGGUAAAGCAAUAGCACGGGGGAAAGGGUAAUAAAUUCCUGUGCCAACUUGAUUCCCUCUCUCCCGCAACAUUUAUGUCAAUAUAAUGAUAUAAAUAUUUCUUAAGUCUACCUCAUCUAGAAUAUUGUUCAUCAUAGGCCACUAGACAAAUAGAAAUGUAUGAUUUCAAGAUAGAUAAACAUAACCAUGUAAUACAAAGUUUUGUGGCUUUCCAUAUAGCAAUCUAGGAAGAUGAUGCUCGGUACUUUACCCUGAACUGUUUUGACUUUUGUUUUGGUGUUCAUGAUAAAAUCAAAGUUUAUUUGGUUGAAAAACAGAAAAAAAAAACCCAACAAAACAAAACCAAAAUGAUAAAGCCAAAGGAGUGGAAAAAAGACAGAUCGAAGGUGUUAGGUGAAAAGGAAGACUUUAAUGUAGAGGAUGGUUUAGAUCACUAUAUAGAAAUGUUUAGGGUAAUUCUUUGUUUCCUGAAUAAUAGUAAUUGUCAUGCUUCCUAAUGGGUGGAUUUCUUGAGCCUGUGUUUUGGAAUGUAAAUAGAUGUCUGAAUAUAUUUUAAUCUUAAAAGCGUUUUUUUUAAGAUUAGGGGUUUUUAUCUUGAAAUUUUCCAAGUUUUGCUAUUUUUUGUUUGUUUAUCAUUGCAGCUCCUUGAUCUGUAAGUUUGUUUAAAAAAUUAAUAAAUACGUUAAAAGAU